AUGGGGAACUGUUGGCGUAUGCCCGAAGAUCAUUCUGGUUUUCUUCAUAUUCCUACUACUGAUUUUGCUUCAAUGCCUACAUCAUCAACACAUUCUUCGUCUUCAAAUUCCUAUUUAACAUUUACACAUCCAACUUCAACAAUGUCUAAUACACAUAUGCCUAAAUUAAUGAUUUUAAGUCGUUCAUCGACUGAUCUUAAUGCUAUUAAAGCUGCUCAAUGUCGAAAUCUUGUUGAACAUAUACCAAUAAUUAAUUACAAUGAAAAUACAGUAAAACAAACUGAAUGUGAUAUUUGCCUUCUUGAUUUUAUACCUGAUGAACAAGUACGACAAUUACCAUGUGAUGGUAAACAUAUCUUUCAUCCAUCGUGUAUAGAUCAAUGGUUUGAAAAAAGCUUAACAUGUCCACAUUGUUCAGCAAAUGUAGAUGCUGCAUUACUUCUAAGAUUUAUUCCACAUUCAAAUAAUAACGAUGAUGAUGAUGAUUGGUAA